UUACAAUGGGGAUCAAUGCUGGAACAAAGGAUGUAAAAAUGAGACCGAAGCGGUGCCGCUGCUGAUGCUCCGGGUACCACUAGCUGCAAAUCUUUUCAGUCCCGGCGUUUGGUUGUUUUGUGAAACGUAACCGUGGGCUUUUCCCGGUUAACCCGGUAUUUGCCGCAGCAAAGUGCCCGGGUUGUGCCGGCGGGGCUGCGACACCCCGACCUUCACCUGGCCCGGCCUCCUCCUCCCGCGGGGGGCGCGGGGAGCCUCCGCAGCCCGGCCCCUGGGCUCUGCCGUGCCGGGGGCGGCUGGAAGGGAAAGGCCGUGGGGCCUUGCCUUGCCGUCCUAGGCCGCCGCUGGAGGGGAAAGGCCGCGGGGCCGUGCCUUGCCGUCCUAGGCAGCCGCUGGAGGGGAAAAGGCCGCGGGUUCUCUCCCCGGCGCGGCCCCGGCGCGGCGGCUCCGCGGGCGGGCGGAGCGUGCGGCGGCGGAGCGGGCCCGGCGGCGCUUCCGGCGCCGCGGCUCCAUGGACGCCAACCUGCGCUUCUGGAGGGCGGAGGGGCAGUCUUUCUUCCAGAGGUUUCUCCUCUGGGCGGACGCCUUGGAUCCGCUGCUGCUCCUCAAGUCCUCCAAUGAAAUAAAAAGAACCAGGUUAUCAAUACUAAUCAAUGAGAAGACCCAAAGUGAGCCCAUACAGAAUAAUCAGACCAAAAAAGCCUUCUUGCUAAGCCUGUCCAGCGUACAUCCUGAUACAGACAAGAUAAUUCCUGUUUUGUUUAGACCCCCAGCUUUCAUGCCCAUAACUCUUCCCUUGGUCAUCGUUUCAUCUGUUCAGCGCCACGCAAGGCAUUCUUUUUUUUGGCAGUUUGUGUUUCACACAUACACCACAGCAUUCACUCUGGUAAAUGGAAAUGGCACCCCAAAGGCUGCAGAAUACUCACUUCAGCAAAAGCAGCUCUUGCUUGGCUUGGGAGCCAUUUCCUAUUCAGCCUUUGUUGGUGCUCUCCCUGUUGCCUUCAUGAACCGUUAUGCGUUGAAGAACCCAUUUAUGCAACUUGUUGUCAGAAAACUGCUGCCUGCUCCUCUGCUUGGUUUGACAAGUGCAUUUACCGUGGCAAUGGUGAGAAGCCCAGAAUUUGAUAAUGGGAUAGAAGUGAUGGACAGGAAUGGCAAUGUUAUAGGAGUGUCUAAGAAGGCUGGUGAGAAGGCUGUUAUGGAAACAGCAUUGUCCAGAGCAGUCUUGUUUGGGACAACGUUCUUCCUGCCAGAAGUGCUCAUGUACUGUGUGCAGAGAGCAAGAUUUGUUAAAAAUCCUCGUGCUUUGGGUCCUGUGAGGAUGUUUGUGAUUAUGUCAGUCCUAGGAGGGAUGCUGCCAGUCUCCUUUAGUAUGUUCCCACAGUGUGGGGAGAUAAAGCGGGCAGACCUUGAACCAGAACUUCUGUCAUCUACAGAAGAAACAGAGUUCUUCUACAACAGGGGCAUUUAGAGCCUGGCUUUUAUACAGAAAGGUGUGCUCUGACCCAAGUGAAUCCUGAAUGCACCACAGGCAUUUGUGACUGAAGUGUGAUUCUGUGGUGGCAAAGGUGCCAGAUCCUGUGUACGAUGGUGUGGCCUGCAGAGGCAGAACUUGGCAAUGUGGCUUUGCCAGCCCCAGCCUGGAGACACAUAAACACACCUCACCUGAUGCUGAGGUGCUGGAAAAGCACUGUAACACAGCCUGUGUAACACACAACCUGUGUUCUGUGCUCCCUCAGAUGAUUGAUUUCUUAAUUAAAUGACUGUUGAAUAUAUAAGUUUGUUCUGCUGCUGCAACUUUUGGUGUGCUCCUUUCCAGGAACCCAGCUGGUGAAGGCUUUGACAUCAGCACUCCUGUGGGUAAAGUCCAGCUGGUUCUUCUCAGAGCACUUUGAUGUUUUCAGUGAUCUAACAGUGCUCCCUUUGAGGAUGAGAUGUGAGGCAGCCCUUGAAGUGAUAUUAGACAAAGCAACCCUGAUGGCAAUAGGAUAUUGAUUUAAUUUAUUUGCUUAAAAAGUGUACAGGAAAUAGGUGACAGACUUGACUACCAGUUAAUUCCUGGUUUUUUAAACAUCCUUGAAAGAGUUUUGAGGCUUGAUGGCCAUUGAGCUUUAGAACUUGGUUUUUACACUGAAGCCAUGAGGAGAUGCCAUGUCUUUCUGACCUUGUGGUGGACAAUGAGAAAUUCCACUUUCUCAGGUUGGCCGUGUUUAUCCAAAGAAAGAAAGCUCUUUUGAUGUGUGAUCAUUUUUGUAUGUUGAUCAGUAAGAUGAUAACGUUUUGCUGAUCCUAUUAAAUUAUUCAGGGACCCUCAGCUGUCUGUGAAGAGCUGCAGAAAGCUUACAGGAGACUGUGAUUGUGACGACACCUUCAGUGAUUUUUGAGCCACCUCUUCUACAGCCCCUGCCUAUAGUUAUGUGAGGUGCUGCUAAGGCUGUGUGACAAGGAUGGAAAUGCACUAAAUAAUAUAAAAUUAUUUAUUUGAAGGUGAUUAUCACAAGUGCAGCCUUCCAAGUGUGCCAUAAUUUAACUUAGGGCACAAUACACAGGUCACUGCUCUCCUGUUGCUGGAGGAUUGGAUUUCUUCUCACAGCGUGAGGAAAACAAUGGAUGCCCAAUCCCAUCCAUCCUACAGGAAGAGAGCAGCAUAGAGCAAAGCAAGGAAAAAUAGCAGGCCUGGGCUCUUGCAAGAAGAGAUUCCUGCUGUGCUUUUGGCACUGAACAAAAGCAGGAAGUUGGGGGUUGAGUUUAAUUUCUUGUUUGAGUUCUGCCUUUUUUGAGCCUUCCUCUAACAACUUACUGGAGGGGAAGGUCAGACAAGGGAAGAGGAGAGAGGAGCAGCAGCACAUCCUAAGGAGCUGGAACUGGGGUGGAACAUGCUGUAAAGCUCUUACAGGAAGACCAUAUGGAUACUGUCUGAACUGGCAGAGUUUGCACUACUCCACUGGAGAACUGUAGUGAAUUUUUAAAGGUAAAGGAUUGUUUGCACCUACUGAACUGCAGGCUCACUCAGCCUCCGGGGGUGAUGUUCUUCAGUACACGGUAAAAUCUCAUCAGGGUCAAGAAGAUAAUUGUGUCAGACCAGGGGUCUGCUGAGCCAAACAUCUGCUCAUGGCAGGAGGUUAGAACUAGUGAUCUUUAGGGUCACUUCCAACCCAAACCAUUCCAUGAUUCUACCACAGGGUCAAGUGGAACAGGCCUAAGCCUCAGCCUGCCUCUCUGGGUGUGAAGGGGGCAACACACUCUGAAAUGUUUGUCUCCUUCCAAAGCUUUAAUAGCAGAGGCACAGAUAACAUCUUGCAGUUAAAUGAUCUAAACUAUGUUUCUCUAUUCCUAUUUCUGUCACAUACCAAAGGCAAAUGCAGGAGGGGUCUGAUUCCACUCUCACUAAACAGUAACUGGCACUACAGUGAAGACCUGCACCUCUCCCCACUCCUUUUUUAAACAUAAUUUAAGAAUGGCUAAAGUAAAUGCUAAUUACAUGAACCACAGUGGGAACAAGCAAAAAACACCCAAAACCUAAGAGUAAAGCAAAGCCAACAAAUAGAAGAGAAUAUAUUGGUGAACUUUGGAUCGUCAUGGUAACUAGACAAGCUAUAAAUUCACUGGCAACACACUUGGAUGUUUUAAGCAAAUUGAUGUCAUUACAAGUCCAUGAGUAAGGCUUCUGGAAUAGGUCUGGUAAUAGAGUCUGUUAUUACAGCUGCCCCUUCUCAAACUCCACCAGCUCCUUACUGAAUACUUGAGCUGAAAUUUGCCACAUUAAACCCAGCUCCCUCAGGAUUAUUAAAUACCCCUUUACCCCAUUCUCAUAAAUGUUCCUGUUGCCCUAACCAGAAUUUUCCAGAAGAGGAGGGCAGGCGCCUGCCCUUUAAACUGUCAGCCUGGCUGACUCAGCUGCUUCCCAGUCAGGGCAGGGGAGAUGCAUUGCCAAAAAGGCCCUGGCAUCCUCAGCCUUGAACCAGUCCCUGAGAUGAGAACUGCCAGGAGCAGACAUAGUCCAGAGACACAAGUCAGGGAACAAGACUGGGACAAGCAGCAUGUUUGAGGGACCUGGGAAGAGGAAAUCUUCCCCUUUGUAUAUGGAAUAAAUUAACAACAUACCAGCCCAAGGCAGGUCUGUCUCCUGCCUUGGCUGGCCCUGGUGUUAAGUGACAGUGCAUUAGUGGUGGAACCAGUUUAAGCUGUGGUGAAUGACAACAGAUGGAAGCUUUCAGCUUCAAGGAAAACAGAAGUCUUAGUACAGCACAAGAUGCUGUGCCUCACCCACUCAGCUUGUCAUCUUGAAAUGUAGGAAAAUCCAGUGGAGCUUUCAGGCUCC